AUGGUACUGGCGCUGCUCAGACGCCCGCCUGUCCCCUGGGUGCCUCCUCACCUCUGUGACCAAUGGGGGGUGAGCUCCUUCAUCACCUCAGUGCAGGGAUGUGACCCGCAGCCAGCGCAGUCAUGUUCGUCCAAAGUGUUGCCGCAGGAGCCGGGGAGGACACCAGAGGUCCAUGAGAGGCCAACAGGGACACAUCUGUCAGACCACCAAGUGAAGCUGGUGGCGAGUGAUCACUUUAACCUUGUGGAGGCCAUCCACAACGUUCUGAACAUGAAGAGACUCAUGUGA